AUGUUGUCAUAUGCUUUGUUGGGUUACAGAACGACUGUCAGAACAUCAGGCGGAGCAACUCCAUAUUUGUUGGUGUAUGGGACAGAAGCAGUUAUACCUGCCGAAGUUGAGAUACCUUCAUUGAGAAUCAUCCAAGAAGCUGAACUAAGUGAUGCUGAAUGGGUUCGCAAGAGGAUUGACCAGCUAACAUUGAUUGAUGAGAAGAGAAUGGUUGCCGUUUGUCAUGGUCAACUGUAUCGACAAAGAAUGAUUCGUGCUUUUCACAAGAAAGUAAGAGCCAGGAUAUUUGAAGUUGGUCAGUUGGUUCUUAAGCGUGUUUUCCCUCACCAAGAUGAAUAUAAAGGAAAAUUUGCGCCAAAUUGGCAUGGACCCUACAUGGUUCGCAAAGUGUUAUCCAGAGGUGCCCUAGUCCUGUCGGAGAUGGAUGACACUGAAUGGCCGAAACCGAUCAACUCAGAUGCUGUCAAGAGAUACUACGUGUAA